UCUUGCUAUUGGUUGAGAUCGUGCCGGCCUCUGCCCCGGCGAAAAUGGCGGAGGUCAGCCGUAGGUUGUCGAAAUGGAGAGUUUUGCAAACUUUGACCGAGAGGGUCCCUACGGCUUUAUCUUUGCCUUUCCUAACGCCUCAGGAUAAGGUCAGCGAUACCGACUGGGAAGAUAUUGAUCUAGCUGCCCGGUUCUCCAGGGGAAGGGGGUUGUUUAAGAGGCCGCCUGCUGAGGACCUCUUUCCCCCUACCGGCUCCGGAAAGCGUUUUUUCUCCCAGGGCACCUGCUUUCAGGCUUCUAACGAAAACAGCCGCCGCGGUAAUGGCGCCCGAGAGACCCCACCGCUGUACAGGUCCCGGACUGCUUAUUAUGAUAUCUUGGCAGUGUCUGGAAACGCGACCCAGUCUCAGAUCAAGACCGCUUACUACAAGCAGUCAUUCCGUUACCAUCCAGACCGGAACGCCGGUAGUGAGGAGGCUGCCUACCGAUUUGGGGAAGUGACCGAGGCCUACCAUGUUCUGGGCAGUGUCAGUCUCAGGAAGAAGUAUGACCGGGGCAUCCUGAGCUUCGAAGAUGUCCGUACGGCUCGGAGGCCUAACGGGAAGGGAAGCAGCCCCUCACGGAAAGGAUCUCCCGGCCGAAAGGACGUGUCAAGCAGUUCCAAGACCCCCGUGAAACCCAUGUUUAACUUCGACGCCUUCUACCAGGCGCACUACGGGGAGCAGCUGGAGAGGGAGCGGAUCCUUAAGGAGAGAAGAGAACUGUACAGGAAACUCAAAAGGGAGCCGAGCCAGAGGUGGCAAUUUGACAAAAUGGGCAAUAUGGCUGCUGUGCUGCUCAUGGUCUCUGCUGCUGCGCUCUUGGUGUCUUUUAAAUGAGGCCGAUGCAUGAUAUCUUAGCUGUGUUCUGUAAUAAUACAAGAAACAAUGCAGUCCGGGGUACAAGGGGUUAAGUCUGUACUAUCAGUGCCUCAUGUAAACCGUGGCCAUUGAAAGUGUGGGGUCAGCCGGAGCGAACAUGUCUCUAUCACACCUGGCGUUUAGUGGGGAAGAUGUCCGCUGCCUGUCCUACCUCAUAUCUUACAUAGGACUAGAAGAGUGACCUCACAAGUCAUGUAAUAAAACCAGGGCCGUACUGGCUGCGCGUGUGCGCUAUCACCGUUA